AUGCUCGAGGUGGCACAAAACGAGCAUUACCAGGAGGAUGUCAAAAAUAUCUUGCAAUUAACUCAUAAUAUUUUGUUUGCACUUGGCGUUUGGCCAAAUUCCAGCGGGAAACGAUCGACUUGCGAGAAAAUUGGCAAGCUACUGCGAAUCUUGGUUGCGUACACUUUUCUUUUUUGUUCCUUAAUGCCAGGCGCGCUUUAUUGGAUAUUCGAGAAAAGAGCUCGCGCUCGACUGCGUACAACUACGAUUAUGCUUUACGGUUUAAUGAGCGUGGCCAAAUAUUACAAUUUGAUAACACGCGAAGAUCAGAUCAGGCACUGUUUGAAGCAUUUCGAAGAGGAUUGGAAGAACGUCGACAACGUGGACGCAAGAAACACGAUGCUUAAAUCCGCGAGAAUCGGGAGACGUUUGGUCAUGAUUUCCGCGGGCUUCUUGUACAGCAGUGGAAUCGCGUUUCGAACGUUGAUACCAUUGGCCAGAGGAAAGACCGUCACCCCGCAAAACGUCACAAUCAGACCCUUGCCUUAUCCGACUUAUCUCUUUUCGUUUGACUUUUAUUCCAGUCCAACCUACGAAAUAGUUUAUGCAAUGCAAUGCUUCUCUGGGCUAGUUACUAUAUCAAUCGCAGUAAGCUUAUAUGGCCUCGUUAUUAUCUUCACAUUGCACGCUUGCGGCCAGCUAAAAGUUUUAGUUGACUUAAUAAACGGUCUCGUCGAGAAGAAAGAACGAGAUGAGUCAAAGGUAAAUAAGAAGCUGAGUGUUAUCGUCAAUCAUCAAACACGAAUACGCAGCUUUUUGCAAUUGGUGGAGCACACUCUUCAGCAAAUGUGUUUUAUAGAGUUAGCCGGGGGCACAAUAAUAAUUUGCAUCCUAAGUUAUUGCAUAUUAAUGGAAUGGGAGAGUAGUAAUUCAAUAGGGAUGAGCUCUUACUUUAUUUCUCUUAUAGCCGGGGUAAUAAAUAUAUUCAUGUUCUGUUAUACUGGAGAACAGCUUAUGACGCAGGCGGAGAAGGUAGCGGUUACAUCAUGCGAACUCGAGUGGUAUCGUCUUCCAGAUAAGAAAGCACGUGGAAUUGUUUUAGUGAUGAUUAUGUCUAAUGUGCCGUUGAAGAUUACUGCUGGCAAACCCUUCGUCCUUUCAGUCAAAACGUUCGGCGAG